CAAAAGAAAACAGUGUCAGUUAUGGAUUUCUUAUAAGAACUUCAACUGUCAGUCUGAAACCGCAUUCCUCUCUCUCUUUCCUUCUCUCUCUCUGUUCUUUUUCUCUCUCUGAAGCUUUUGGAGUUCAGUAAUGGAGAACCAACGCAGUGCUCUUCUGGGUUGGGCUUACUUUUUCCAAGGAAAGAACAUUGAAGAAUUGAGGCAUUCGCUUUUUUGUGCGACUCUGGAGCUGGAACAGACGAGAGUUGCAGUUCAAGAGGAGCUGAGAAAAAGAGAUGAACAGUUGAUUCAUCUCAAAGAUCUUUUUAGCAGAGCCAUUAGAGAGAGAGAUGAAGCCAAUGAAAAGUUUCAGAAACUAUUCAUUGAGAAGUUUUUACUUCAACAACGAACAGAUCCACAUUCAGGAGUUUCCAGCAUUGAAGAUGAACCAAAGAAAGGUAUUGAUUCCAUCAAUGGCUUCUCCUCGUCUGAUUGUGAAGAAAGCAUUGUCUCAUCUCCUGCUAUUGAUCCAAUUCCGCCGCCACAGUUCCCUCCAGCUCUGCCCACCGCGGUGGACUUGGUUACAGAGAAGCCAUUGCCUGAAAAAGGCAAGCUUUUGGAAGCAGUGAUGAAAGCAGGUCCUCUGCUUCAGACACUGCUUGUAGCUGGACCUCUGCCUGAGUGGAGACAUCCACCACCACCACUUGAAUCGUUUGAAAUUCCUCCGGUGACUAUUCCUUCGACACCUCCGCCACAGAUGAUCCGAGAUUCUCUAGGCACCUUCAAUGGCAGCAGCCAGAUUUCCAACUGUGGAAGCAGGAAAAGGGCUUUCUUGGAAGGCUCUGAUUCUCCAACAGAGACGAAGUCUCAAAGGCUUGCUCCCUGCUGACCACAACAGGAACAAAGAGCAGCAAAAACAUAAUCAUAGUCUAAUAUUAGUAAAAAGCUAAUGAGGAUGAAAAGAGAAUUGGGUUAGUGGCCGAUUUUAGUGCUUGUACAGAGGUUUGUGUUAUAGGUAAGAAACUCUCUCCUUCUACGUUCGAGGCAUCUGCAACAGAAGUCUCCCUCUACCCUCUACCCUCUACCCUCCCCCUGCUGUCAUCACUUUGACUCAGUGAAGUCUUUCUUUUUCAUACUCCGUCUGAGAAACGGGGUCAAAUUCUUCCAGAAUUGUUUUAGCCAUGUAAGUUGCAAUUCCAAUUCUGAGAUUUCUCGUGUCU